UCGACACGUGUAGCAUGGAAGAUCAUUCGAAAGGGAAUGAGAAGCAGGAGCAGGAAGGGAAGGAAAAGGAAGAAGUUCGAUACCGAGGGGUGAGGAGGAGGCCAUGGGGGAAGUUUGCAGCCGAGAUUAGGGAUCCGUCUAGGCAAGGUGCUCGUCUAUGGCUAGGCACAUUUGACAGGGCGGAGGAUGCAGCUCGCGCCUAUGAUCGAGCGGCCUUUAACUUAAGGGGUCAUCUUGCCAUUCUUAACUUUCCUAAUGAGUACUAUUCUGAAGUCAUGGGCUCCCAUCGCCCCCCACCAUCACCAUCCUCAUCGUCUUCCUCGUCAUCUUCUGGCCCUUGUAGGAGUUUAGAGAUGGGAGGUUCCUCUUCUGGGCAAGAAAAGCAAGUCAUUGAGUUCGAGUGUUUGGAUGACACGGUGUUGGAAGAGCUUCUUGGAUCAGAAGAUGAGAAGAAGAAAGGCGCCAAAAAUUGAGUUCGUCGUAAGUUUCCGUUCUAAUAUUUUCUACCUAAGUUUUCCGUUUUGACAUUAUUGUUGU